UAAAAAGUCGUGAUAACGCUUCUUCCACUGCCGCUGCCGCCGACAAUCGCCAUCCGUCCGCAUCGCUGUGAAUUUUUGUCUGUCUUUGCGCCAAACAUCUUGUCACUCUCUAGUAGCCAGCACCGCGCCUUACCUUUCAAAAUGCUCACCCGGUCGCUUUUCUCGAGGCAACUCUUCGCCGCCGCCUCCCGGCCGGCCAUUGCACCCAAGGCCGUCUCCUCCGCCUUCCGCCCCGUCCUCUUCUACCAGAACCGCUUCCUGUCCGAUGCGACCCGCCAGGCCAUCGACAAGGCCGUCGCCUCCGCGCCCGUCGUCCUCUUCAUGAAGGGCACCCCCGAAACCCCCCAGUGCGGCUUCUCGCGCGCCAGCAUCCAGGUUCUGGGUCUGCAGGGCGUUGAUCCCAACAAGUUUGCUGCUUUUAACGUUUUGGAGGAUGCCGAGUUGAGGCAGGGCAUCAAGGAGUACAGCGACUGGCCCACCAUUCCUCAGCUUUACAUCGACAAGGAGUUCGUCGGCGGUUGCGAUAUCAUUGUCUCGAUGCACCAGAACGGCGAGCUUGCCAAGCUUCUCGAAGAGAAGGAUGUUUUGGUCAAGGGCGAGGAGGGUGCUGCUGAGGAGCAGACCGAGAAGAAGGAGUAAAAGAAAUGAAGCGGCGGAUGCGGAUGCAGCUUUUGGCUAUGCGUGGAGGAAAUGAGUGAUUCAUGAAGCCAUUGUACUUGUACUGAUACCAUUUGAUAGACGAUUGGGAUCGCAUGCCUAGACUGUACGAUAUGUGUUUACUCUUUGCAAUACUGAAAAGCGACGUGGAAGUGCUUCUCUGGAAAUUCAUCAGGACAUUGG